AUGACGAUGAAUAAAUCGGAAAAUCACACCAUGAUGGAUACAGCCGGUAUAUCACCUCAGCAGAAUAACAUUGGACUUGGACUAUUUUACGUUGCAUAUAUUAUCUUUGAAAUUCCUUCCAACUUGAUAAUGGCUCAUGUCAACCCUUCCUACUGGAUUGCACGAAUUAUGGUCACUUGGAGUGUAGUGACGGGUUGUAUGACCGCUAUUUCGCAUCCAUGGCAUUUUUAUCUCUUGCGAUUUUUGUUGGGGUUGUUUGAAGCAGGAUUAUGGCCAGGCAUCACUUUUUAUACCACGUUAUGGUAUAAAGAGGAUGAAAUAUCUACUCGGAUAGGUGUUACAUACCUUGCUGCACCCACUUCAGGCGCCAUAGGUGGGCUGAUCUCAGCAGCUGUUCAGCUGAUAGAUACUCGGGGCAACCUUUUUGGAUGGCAAUGGCUUUUCGUUAUCUUUGGCAUUCUCACCUUCAUUUUUGGGUUGGCCACUAUUUGGGUUCUUCCUUCCACGCCAGAAAGGUCAACCAAGUUUUUAAAUGAACACGAACGAUUCGCUAUACAAAAACGACUGAAAGAACAUGAUAAAAACAACAUGAUGACCUCGCCCACGCUAUCAACAGUAGGAACAGGAUAUUUAAGAACAACAACAUUGAUGAACACUGGCAGUUCUCCAACGCAACAAGAAUUAGCUACCGAAAAUACGCAAAAGAUUACAGCCAAACGUGUGAUCCGAGAAUUCAAAGAUGCCAAGAACUGGUUUUUUGUUGUGCUUUACUUUACGCCUGUCAUGGCGGCUACCUCGUUAGGGUAUUUCUUACCCAAAAUUGUGGAGCAGAUGGGGGAGUUUGACGCCAUUCAUGUGAGUUUAAUGAGUAUUCCUCCCUACGUUUUUGGUAUGGUGAUGGUGUAUAUCAUCAACAAAUUAAGUGAUCGCUAUCAAACACGGGGCUGGUACAUCAUGGGUGGUUGCUGUGUAUCAUUCAUAGGCUUUUGCAUUUUGAGCUUUGCAGAAUCCAUUGGAGCAAGAUAUUUUGGAUUGAUGAUUAUUGCUGGAGGCACCUAUCCGACAGUACCUUUGUCGAUGGCAUGGACAGCCAAUUCAAAAGAAGAUGCAGUCUCUGUAGCUACAGCGACAGGCAUUGUGUCGUCGAUUGCUAAUUUUGGUGCUUUGAUAUGUACGUUUGCCCUCUAUUCUGGCUGGCCAGCGGAUGGGCCGCGGUAUGUAGGAUCCAAUAUGAUCAACGGUGGAGCGAUGCUAUUUGCUGCUGUUUGCGCAUUUGUGCUUAGACUUCAUUUAUCAAAAUUGAACACGAAAAUGAAAAAGAAACGAGUCAGUGGUAUAAGUGUCAACAUCCCAAUGAAAAUCGGAGAGAAAACAUAUCCAUAUAUUUUAUAA